CAUCAUGAAGAGUGAAAUUUCACGAAGUGCGAUUAACGGCAUCUCCGCGACGCAUAAACGCAACAUUCAUCCGACGAAGCUCUUAAUCGGUACUGCUCCUGCUCGAAAUACAAAAAAUAUAUAUAAACAGUGCACAUAUUACAAAAGUAAUAUGUUUGGACCCGCUCAGGUGUGCAGUGCGUUAGUGACUUGCCGCGGCCCAUCGAAAUUCCCCAUGUAGAGCGCUCUCCUCGGCAGAAAUACACAUUUUUGCACCAUGAGCUGUUUGGUCAGGAAGCGGAACAGCGGCAGCACGCUGGACGAAUUCGACAAGGUCAGCACUCUGGCCAACGUCGAUGACACGGAGUGCGAGUCGCCGGAACCGGAUGCAGAGAAAGAGCCGGAUAACAACGAACGGAAUGCGCAAACGGAGCCGGAUUUUGGGCACCUAAAUGAGACGCGGCGCAAGAUUCACGAUGCCAUCGCGGCCCUGAACGAUGAUAGCUUCGAUAAGUGCAUGGCCCGCCUGCUCAUGCAGUACGAGGGUGCCAUUCGGGAGGAGUUCGAGCGGGCGCAGUUCUUGCCAUGGAAGUGCCGAAAACUGGCGCGGAUUUUAAUCGGCCUUACCGAUGUCAUCCAUACCAUGGUUAGGGGUCGAGCCCUGCAGCAGGACGAGGUAUACAGGCAACGCAUGUGCCACAUUGUCGGCUUCUACAUAUCCUGCGAACUCUGCUCCGCCCAGGAGCCGGUGGAGAGUGAGGAGACCAUCAUUAACCGGAUCAAUUGCUGCCUGAAGCUCUAUGUUGAGUUUGGAGGAGGUGGCGCCGGCGUCCACCGGGAGCACGUGCUGCGCACUCUCCUUGCUGCCCCCAAACUGUUUAACAGAGCCAGCAUUUUGUCCACGCUGUACAGCCGUCUCUUCCCGCACUGGUCGAUGCCCAGCAUAAUGAUCCAAGCAGAACUGCCAGACAAACUCUACAUCGAAUACAUACUCAUAUUCUAUUACUGGCAGCGCCUGGAGUCCGAUGAGUCGGUCAAGGAACGCAUUGUGGAGUUUGCCGAAAAGUUCAUGAGACCCUCAAGAUCCCUAGCCACAAGAAGUGUCUAUGCCCACUACUUGCCCAAGUUUGCGGACCGGAAUACGGCCACGAGAACUAUAUUGAACCAUCUAAAGACAAGCCGCUGCUUCGGUUUACAUAUGCUCAGCAAAGUGGACAAUCGACCGGUGCAGUCCAGCGAAGUGAUACUCAGCUCCGAUGAUGAUGAGGGCAGUUGUCCUAUGUGGGACAUAUCGGGUACACCAACAUCAUCACUGAACAAUCAUCCGCCCGUUUUCCUCCAGAAUCUCUGCCAGAAUGCCCGCCAGUUAGAGCCGUGCAAGCGGGCCAAUGCUCUCUUCAGCGGCAUUGACAACUCCAUCGAAAUCGUUGAGCUGCGCGACUCGGACGACGACGUGGAGAUGUUUUCGGUGAACUUUAAUGUGCCUGCCAAUGUCGAUGGCAUAAUCUCAAACUCCAACUCAAACGACUCGGCGAAUCAGACGUCGACAACGAUCCUCGCCGAGGAUGACUCCGUGCCCGUCACUCGCAUCUACCCCAGCAACCUCCGAACCUAUGAAAGGGCUGUACUGCCACCCACCACCUACACAGUGCCGCGCAUCGUGAACAGCUACAGUUGUCGCCGGGAUAGCCUUCAUCUGGUGUCGACCACUGCUCCCCAUCUGGUCGAUCAGUGCGUGCAAACGUUGGAGGACGAGGAUGCGGACCUGGUGGUGGAGGAGGACCAGUACUCAAGCACCCACAGCCAAAGCUUCUUCCCGCGGAGGAGCAGUGCCAGCGAAGCCAGCGGACAACGAACCCCACUGUACCACUGCCGUCAAACUUCUAGUCAGAACAGCAAUUGUAGCGAAUCCUCGCUGCUAAAGAAACAGGUUACCUUCAGUCCCCGGCAUUUAGGCGCAACUGCACCAAAUGUCAAGGUCAGUGCGUCCAAAAAGCCCUCCAUCAAGCAGUACACGUCGAAUGGCAUGGGGAAUGGUCGCUGGAAAGCCGAGCACCUCGAGGCCAGUGCGAAAAUGUUCGCCAAGCUCGACGCCAGGAUGAAGGCCAGGAAUGAAGUCUUAAGUGUCGCUGCUAGCCAGCUAACGCCCACCACCAGCAAUGCAUCCAGUAGCACUCCCACAAAGAUCUCGGCCACGCCCACUCGCAUCCGGAACAAGCCCCGAGGGCAGAGAGUGGCAUUACCCACGCCGCCAGCUUCUACGCACAGUUCGAGCAGUCCCUGCCAGGUACAAAUUGCAUCCACAGACAAUCAGAACUCCAACUCCGAGUGGGAUUUUGGUCGACGCUGUUUCUCCAAGGCUUCUGGUGAUGAAGUGAGCUACUAUAACCACCUGCUUAAAGUGCAGCGCGAGAAUAUCCGCCGACGUCGGUUGAAUAACCAAAAGAAAAACCCUGGAAAAGUCAACCACCAUGUGCAGAAGGAUCCCGAUCAGCUUAAACUGCUCAAGCAGGCCACAAAGCGAUGCCGCCAGCUACGCGCCUUAAACGCCACGCGGAGAAAUGAGGUACAGCAACUGGAACAGGACCUGACUAUCAUUCGGAAAUCUGCGCCGCAUAGAUUGCCAUUAAUAAGACUGAAACGUUUUAAUCUCAGGAGCCUGGUACGGUCACAGAGAGCGAAUGAAGCGCCUAAUGACCAAGGGGAUAUAGUGAGGGCGGAAGAGCCAUUUCUAAAGGAGAUGGAGCCGCCUUCAGAAGAGCGACGAGAUGAGCCUCAAAACAGCAGUGAGUUUGAGGAGAAAAGGCAUCUGGAGCCUCAAAACCAAAUGGAUAAGAAGAACAAAAGGAGCGACCCUGAUGAGCCAAACGGGAAGGAAGGAGAGCAUGAUCUGGAGCAUCAAGAAUUUCUUGAGGAGCAGUUGCUACAAGAGCAACAUCAGCUGGAGAUGCUGCAGCGACAGCAGGAGAAAGAAGAGCAACAGGUUGACGAAGAGCCGGGGACAGAGGAACUGCAACAUCUGGAAGAAGGUGAUGACCACGCAGAUGAAGAAUCAGAUCAGGCCGAGGACGAACAACACACAGAGGAGAAGCAACGACAAAUAGAAGUUGAACCCGAUGCGGAGGAAGAGCAAAGUCUUUUAGAGGAUCAAGACCAAGCUGAGGAAAAUCAGCAUCAUGAUCAGCAGAAUCAACAGCUUUUGAAUGAGCAAGCACAGGAGGAGGAAGUUGAACGGAAGUCACUGGAUAACCAGCGGGUUGGGGAGGAAAUCGAGCCACCACUGAAAUACAAAAAACGCAAGCGAAGGCGCCGUUUCAAGUGCCCUCGUUGGACGCACACAAAAAAUAAGAAGAAGAAGCAGUGGCUUAUGGCCUGCCCAAUAGAUUUUGAAGCAGAUCCAGUACUCGCAACCUCUCCUAUUCAACCCGAGCCAGCUCCCGAUGAAGAGCCACCCGCCCUUGCCGAGCCAAUUCCAGAACCUGCCUACGAGUUUGACCAGGAUAUGGUGCCCGAGGUGGGCAACGAAUUGGAAAUCGCAGCCCCCAUUCUUGCGGCGGAGGACGAGGACAGCACUGCGAUGCUCUCGCCGUCCCACAAUCUCGAACUGGUGACCAUCAACGUGCCGGUGUACUUGCUCAACGGCGAGAGUCGCGAUGUCAGCACUCCCCUGUCCAGCAGCUCUUUCGGUGCCAGCGGAUCAGAGCCAUAUGCCACAUCGAAGGAUUAGGAUAGUUUAGGAAGCCCCCACCAAACCCAGAUCGAGUUCCAGUUGCCGAUCCAAUCCCAUUGAUCUUGGCCUGUAAUAGUAUUUAUAUUUUUUCUUUUGAAGAUACGCCUAAAAAACUGUUGAAGCACUGUAAUACUUAGGUUUAUUGUAGUUAAUUAGGAGUUGUUGAACGUUAUAAUUUGUAUUUUUACACCUUUAUUUGCAAUACACGAAUCCCAUUAAAGUCAACGCGUACCAAAUCCCGGGCAUUAUCCAUGUCAAUUUUAAGAAAUAAAAUGAAAUUAUUAGUGUAUGUAUAUUGUGCAUAAAAUAAUAAUCUAA